CGAGUUUCCCGCCAGGCCCGGGGGUGUGACGCCACGCGCAGCUUGAUGACGACAUAUCGGCGCCGGAUAUCCAAAUGGUGGCCUCAGUCUCUGAGAGAAGCGACGCUAAGCAUCCCACAGGACAAUUGUGACCAACAAAUGGGAGCAAGCCCUGCUUCUCAGAGCUGCUAGAGGGAGGCCUUGGCAGUAGGGUGAUUUGCUUGACGUGAUCGGCGUUGACAGAGGGCUGGCUGCCUCUCCUGGAAGAAACCCCAAAACAAGUGGUUUCCUAAGACGGCCGUCUUCACCUCUCCCCGGGAGGCUGCUAUGGCGUUCCCGUACCUGCAGCAGCCCAGCUUCCUACUGGCUAGCCUGAAAGCUGACUCUAUAAAUAAGCCCUUUGCACAGCGGUGCCAAGAUUUGGUUAAAGUCAUUGAGGAUUUUCCAGCAAAGGAGCUGCACGCUAUCUUCCCAUGGCUGGUAGAGAGCAUCUUCGGCAGCUUGGAUGGCGUCCUCCUCGGCUGGAACCUUCGCUGCUUACAGGGACGUGUGAGCCCUGUCGAGUACAGCAUUGCGAUGGAAUUUCUAGACCCUGGUGGCCCAAUGAUGAAGUUGGUUUAUAAACUUCAAGCUGAAGACUAUAAGUUUGAGUUUCCUGUCUCCUACCUGCCCGGCCCCGUGAAGGCGUCCAUCCAGGAGCGUGUGCUCCCUGACAGCCCUUUGUACCACAACAAGGUCCAGUUCCCCCCUGCCGGGGGCCUCGGCCUAAACCUGGCCCUCAAUCCGUUUGAAUAUUACAUGUUCUUCUUUGCUUUGAGCCUCAUCACUCAAAAGCCACUCUCCGGGACCCUCCACGUCCGUACUUCAGACUGUGCCUAUUUCAUCCUGGUGGACAGGUACCUGUCGUGGUUCCUGCCCACAGAAGGCAAUGUGCUCCCCCCACUCUCCUCCAGUCUGGGGGGGACCAGUCCCUCACCAGCUCCCAGGACACCAGCCAUGCCUUUUGCCUCCUACGGCCUCCACCACACCAGCCUCCUGAAGAGACAUAUCUCUCAUCAGACAUCCGUGAAUGCAGACCCUGCCUCCCACGAGAUCUGGCGGUCAGAAACUCUGCUCCAGGUUUUUGUUGAAAUGUGGCUUCAUCAUUAUUCCUUGGAGAUGUACCAAAAAAUGCAGUCGCCUCAUGCCAAGCUGGAGGUUCUGCACUACCGACUCAGUGUCUCCAGCGCCCUCCACGGCCCUGCCCAACCCAGCCUCCAGGCCCUCCACGCCUACCAAGAGUCGUUCACACCCACCGAGGAGCACGUGCUGGUGGUGCGUCUGCUGCUCAAGCAUCUACACGCCUUUUCCAACAGCCUGAAGCCGGAGCAAGUCUCUCCCUCUGCCCACUCUCACGCCACCAGCCCCCUGGAGGAGUUCAAACGGGCCGCCAUCCCGAGGUUUGUCCAGCAGAAGCUCUACCUCUUCCUGCAGCACUGCUUCGGCCACUGGCCCCUAGACGCAUCAUUCAGAGCUGUCCUGGAGAUGUGGCUAAGCUACCUGCAGCCCUGGAGGUACGCACCUGAGAAGCAGGCUCAGAGCAGCGACGGCCAGGCCCGCUGCGUGUCAGAGAGAUGGGCACCCUUUGUGCAGGAGAACCUGCUGAUGUACACCAAGCUGUUCGUGGGCUUCCUGAGCCGGGCACUGCGCACUGACCUGGUCAGCCCCAAGAACGCGCUCAUGGUGUUCCGAGUGGCCAAAGUCUUUGCCCAGCCCAACCUGGCUGAGAUGAUCCAGAAAGGUGAGCAGCUGUUCCUGGAGCCCGAACUUGUCAUCCCCCACCGCCAGCACCGCUUCUUCACGGCUCCCACAUUCACGGGCAGCUUCCUGUCAUCGUGGCCACCGGCCGUCACCGACACCUCCUUCAAGGUGAAGAGCCACGUCUACAGCCUGGAGGGCCAGGACUGCAAGUACACCCCGAUGUUUGGGCCAGAGGUGCGGACGCUGGUCUUGCGCCUGGCUCAGCUCAUCACGCAGGCCAAGCAGACCGCCAAGUCCAUCUCUGACCAGUAUGGGGAGAGCGCAGCCGGCCGCCCCUUUCUGUCAUGGCUGGGCUUCUACCCCUCGGACACAAACAGCUCGUACUCAACUAACGACCUGGACGAGAUGGGGCAGGACAGCGUCCGCAAGACGGAUGAGUACCUGGAGAAGGCCCUGGAGUACCUGGGCCAGAUGUUCCGACUCAGUGAGGCCCAGCUCGCCCAGCUCACACUUGCCUUGGGGACAACUCAGGAUGAGAAUGGAAAGAAGCAGCUCCCGGAUUGCAUUGUGGGUGAGGACGGACUCAUCCUCACACCCCUGGGCCGGUACCAGGUCAUCAACGGGCUGCGGAGGUUUGAAAUCGAGUACCAGGGGGACUCGGAGCUACAGCCAAUCCGGAGCUAUGAGAUCCCCGGCCUGGUCCGCGUGCUCUUCCGGCUCUCCUCGGCCAUCAACCACCGGUUCGCAGACCAGAUGGUGGCCCUGUGUUCCCGGGCUGACUUCCUCGGCAGCUUCUGUCGCUACCACCUCAUGGAGCCCACGCUGUCCAGUAGGCACCUGCUGAGCCCCGUGGGGCAGGGCCGUUCGGCUGGCUGUGUCCGGGGCCCCAGGCUCAGCCUGCGCUUCCUGGGCAGCUACCGGACGCUGCUGUCCCUGCUGCUGGCCUUCUUUGUGGCCUCUCUGUUCUGCAUCGGGCCCGUGCCCUGUGCCCUGCUCCUUGUGCUGGGCUAUUUCCUAUAUGCCAUGGCCAUGGCACUGCUGACCGAGCGGGGCAAACUGCACCAGCUCUGACUGGAAGCCAGCACGGUCCCCACGCAAGCUGGCAGGAUGGCCACAUGGCCGUCACGUGCACCUGGGAGGCUCCUCUGAGCCUAUACCCAGUGACCUUUGCGCUCCUCGGGGUGGUUUCCCUGCAGCCUCGGAGCCAUCUGGCAGAGAACCUGAAACAAGGGCGUGCAGCCAGGCUCGGCCAGGAAGGGAACAGCAUCAAAGGGCCCGUGAGGUGUGAGGACGGACAGCCCAGGGCCCAGCCGCUUCCCUCCUUCCCGCCGUCGGGGGCCCCCGCAGUGACGUGGCUCUCAAGGCCUUUGUCUUCUUGAACUUUUCUGGGAUUUAGCCACGCGACGCCGAGGAGUCAAUGCUUUCCCAGGAGGGCCCUUGGGCUCUGCCCUCACUGUCCUUGGUGGGCUGUGUGGCGUGAGUCUCCUCUUCCCAGGCGACACUAGGACAGCAGCUCAGCCUCUGGUUCCAGAAAAGAAUCAAAGACCCUAAGAGAUUCCUGGUGAAAUUAGAUGAUGGUUCUCCUCUGAGUCCUAAUUUUAAAACCAAAUUUUGCCAGCACCCUUGGCAAAGCAAGGGUCAUUCUUCGUGUUCUCCCAGCAAUUCCAAGACUGGGCCAUACAAUUCCACUUUUGAGGAGAGAAGGUCCUGUAGGAGCACAGGUGUCGGUGGGACAGUGCUUUGCCUCUGGCUCCCAUCCGGCCCCCAAGCCAGGGAGCGCGUCACCGUCUUGUCCGAUGGGCUCUCUGUGGGCACGGUGGAUAUGGCAGGGCCAUCCUGCACGCUUCUGGCCUACAACCAAAGAUGAUCAAAAGCAUUGUUUGUAUCGUCAAUAAAAUUAAGUGCUCAGAAACA